AGCACGGUGCAGCUAUCGGACAGAGUUCAGAUAAGACUCCCCGGUUGACCUUGCUUUCGAGAGCUGACCAGAAACAACACACAGUCCAGGGACAACAUGACAACCUCGAGUUUAUCGGCUAUGCCGCAGCUACCAAUGCCUCCGCUGCCCACAUUACCCAGCUCGGGAUUUAGGUUAUCGAAAGAGCAUUUGGUCGUUGCGGUGCCGGUCGCAGUGGUUGCAGCUGUCGGAGGCUUCCUAGUCAGCCAUUACCUGAGCAGGUGGAGCUGUAAAAAGGGCCUGGUGAACACGUCCAUCAGCAAAGACAGCCCCAAAGUGGUCCACAGCUUUGACAUGGAGGACAUCGGUACCAAGGCUGUGUACUGCCGCUGCUGGAAGUCCAAGAAGUUCCCUUACUGUGACGGAGCCCACACCAAACACAACGAGGAGACCGGGGACAACGUUGGACCGCUCAUCAUCAAGAAGAAGGAUGCUUAAGCCAACCAAUCACAGAUCUCCACCCUCUCUUGACUUCUCAUGCAGCCGCCCCCAGGUUAUACAAUUGUUUACCAUCAUCAUUAACAGUAUCGCACUAAUGGUUAUGGUACAACACUGCUACAAUCAAACAGUGGAUAUUCUUUGUAGCCCAGAAUAGAGACCCAGAAAGUGCUGAAAAUAUUCAAAAUUUUGAUUCUUGACCUUCCACACUGCAUUAGACAACAUGACUUUGAAAUCAAAAGUCAUUUGAGGAGAGAUAAGGAAAGCACUUUGACAACCAGCACAGUAAGACAUGGAGGUAUUGUUCCUGUGCAGUUGAAUUUUGACGUAUUUUACCUGAAGGAUUUGAUCAAUAUUCUCAUCACACCUGAAAUAUUUCACUGUGUGGGCAUUGUGUCGUCAUGUCUGGUGUCACCUGUGUCCCCUUCCUUCUUGACUCCGCCAGGUGUGGAGCAGGUGGUUGAAUCAUGUAAUGAACUGGCAGCUCUUUGCCUCAGUCAGUAUUUCAUUGGAAUUCAGUGCAGGCCUUAUAUUCAAAUCUACAGACCAGAGUCUGAACACACACAACCCACAUGAAUGUUACAUGCUUUGAUUUUUGCACAAAGAGCUGCUUAAUCAGAGGAAACAGAAGUUUAGUUUGUCUUAAAUUAAAUAAUAAUCUCCAAUCUUGAGAGCUGUUGAAACACUAUCUGCUGUUUGUAAUCACUUACCGUCUGCUUUCUGGGGAAACUGUUGUAUUUAAUCUGUAAAGUGUUCAAGGGUGAAAACUCUGCUUAUAAAGGAUAUAUUUUGCCUUGUCAUCAGAUUUAUUUUCUACUGGCUGCGGUGUGUCUGACUUGAUGAAUCAUUGUUCUGUAUACUGUGAAUAAAACUUGUUGAGUGAUCUGA